CUGCUGCUGUGGAAGAAACAAAGCGUGUAGCAACCAUUAUUCUAGAUGUUUCAGAGCCACUUGCUUCUGCCUCUGACAGCCUGACGUCUUCUUCAGCUCCACAGGUGGCCACAGAACUAACUGAAACUAUUGUUGUGAAAGAAAAAAUACUUUCUCCAACCAAGAGAAAACCAACAGAUCCAAAAUCUUCCCCAGAACAUGCUACAGAGGAGGUGGCACAGUCAAAGCAAGAGCCUAGCAGUCAGAAGCCUUCACUGAGCUCAGAGGAGCAAAUUGAAACUGUUGCUGAGGAAGAAACAAAAGUUAUACCAACCAGAGGGAAAUCAAUGGGUGUUAGGGUUUCCACAGUUGCAGAGCCAGAGUUUGUUCACGCACAAGCUAAAACUAUUGUCCUGGAACAAACUAAGCUUAUCCCACCUAAGAGGAAGUCAAAGAGUACAGAAACUCCUCUUAAACAUGCUGACACUGAGCCACACCAGACAAGGAUAGAACCUAAAGAUCAAAAAUCAUCUUUUAGUUCUAAUGACCUGAGUAUUGUUACUGAAGAAACAAAACUUGUACCGACCACCCGAAAGUCAAACACUGGUGACUUUUCCAAAACUUACGAAGCAGUUGUUACCCAUGUUAGAUCACUUGAUUUGGAGUCUGAGCAAAAAAAGAAACAGCAUGAUGGUCAAAAGUCUUCAACUCCAGAGGUGGUCAAAGAACCGACUCACAGUCAGAAGCUAUCUUCAACACAAGAAUUGGUCACAGCACCACUUGAAGUAAGUUCUGUGGAAAAAGGAAAGCUGUCACCAACCAAAAGAAAGUCAAAGGGUCUGAAACUUUCCCCAGAAGGUGCUACCACAGAGCUGACAAAGAGUCAGGAAGAGCUUGUCAGUCAGAAGCCAUCUACAACUGAAGAGUUGGUCACAGCAACAACUCAUAUUACUGUUGUGGAAAAAGAACAGCUGUCACCUACAAAAGGAAAGUCAAAGGGUCUUAAACAUUCCCCAGAACUUGCUGCCCAAGAGUUGAUAAAGACCAAGGAAGGCCCUCAGACUCAGAGGCCAUCCUCGACUCAAGAAAUGGUCACAACACCAAGUGGAAAUAUUGUUGUGGAUAAGGGAGAGCUUCCACCAACCAAAAGAGAGUUAAAGGGUCUAAAACUUCCCCCAGAACCUGCUACCACAGAGCUGACAAAGACCAAGGAAGAGCUGGACAGUCAGAAGCCAUCUUCAGCCCCAGGUGUGGUCACAGCACCAACUGAAAUAAGUACUGUGGAAAAAGGAAAGCUUUCACCAACCAAAAGAAAAUCAAAGGGUCUUAAACUCUCCCCAGAAGUCGCUACCACAGAGGUGACAAAGAGUCAGGAAGAACCUGUCAUAGAGAAGCCAUCUCCAGCUCAAGAAUCGGUCACAACAACAACAACAACAACUGAAAUUACUGUUGUGGAAAAAGGAGAGCUCUCACCUACCAAAGGAAAGUCAAAGGGUCUUAAACCCUCUCCAGAAGUUGCUACCACAGAGCUGACAAAGACCAAGGAAGAGCAGGACAGUCAGAAGCCAUCUUCAACUCCAGGUGUGGUCACAACUCCAACUGAAGUAAGUACUGUGGAAAAAGGAAAGCUUUCACCAACCAAAAGAAAAUCAAAGGGUCUUAAACUCUCCCCAGAAGUCGCUACCACAGAGGUGACAAAGAGUCAGGAAGAACCUGUCAUAGAGAAGCCAUCUCCAGCUCAAGAAUCGGUCACAACAACAACAACAACAACUGAAAUUACUGUUGUGGAAAAAGGAGAGCUCUCACCUACCAAAGGAAAGUCAAAGGGUCUUAAACCCUCUCCAGAAGUUGCUACCACAGAGCUGACAAAGACCAAGGAAGAGCAGGACAGUCAGAAGCCAUCUUCAACUCCAGGUGUGGUCACAACUCCAACUGAAGUAAGUACUGUGGAAAAAGGAAAGCUUUCACCAACCAAAAGAAAAUCAAAGGGUCUUAAACUCUCCCCAGAAGUCGCUACCACAGAGGUGACAAAGAGUCAGGAAGAACCUGUCAUAGAGAAGCCAUCUCCAGCUCAAGAAUCGGUCACAACAACAACAACAACAACUGAAAUUACUGUUGUGGAAAAAGGAGAGCUCUCACCUACCAAAGGAAAGUCAAAGGGUCUUAAACCCUCUCCAGAAGUUGCUACCACAGAGCUGACAAAGACCAAGGAAGAGCAGGACAGUCAGAAGCCAUCUUCAACUCCAGGUGUGGUCACAACUCCAACUGAAUUAAGUACUGUGGAAAAAGGAAAGCUUUCACCAACCAAAAGAAAAUCAAAGGGUCUUAAACUCUCCCCAGAAGUCGCUACCACAGAGGUGACAAAGAUGCAGGAAGAGUCUGUCAUUCAGGAGCCAUCUCCAGCUCAAGAAUUGGUCACGGCAACAACUGGAAUUACUGUUGUGGAAAAAGAAGAGCUCUCACCAACCAAAAGAAAGCCAAAAGGUCCUAAAGUUCCCCAAGAGCGUCCUACCACAGAGCUGACAAAGACCAAGGAAGAGCAGGACAGUCAGAAGCCAUCUUCAACCCCAGAUGUGGUCACAACUCCAACUGAAUUAAGUACUGUGGAAAGAGGAAAGCUUUCACCAACCAAAAGAAAAUCAAAGGGUCUUAAACUCUCCCCAGAAGUUGCUACCACAGAGGUGACAAAGAGUCAGGAAGAGCAUGUCGUUCAGAAGCCAUCUCCAGCUCAAGAAUUGGUCACAACAACAACUGAAAUUACUGUUGUGGAAAAGGCAGAGCUUUCACCAACCAAAAGAAAGUCAAAGGGUCUUAAACUUUACCCAGAAGUUGCUACCACAGAGGUGACAAAGACCAAGGGAGAUACUGUCAUUCAGAAGCCAUCUCCAGCUCAAGAAUUGGUCACAACAACAACUGAAAUUACCGUUGUGGAAAAGGGAGAGCUCUCACCUACCAAAGGAAAGUCCAAGGGUCUUAAACCCUCUCCAGAAGUUGCUACCACAGAGCUGACAAAGACCAAGGAAGAGCAGGUCAGUCAGAAGCCAGAAACAGCGUCAACAUUGAAAAAGAUACUUGAAAGAUCUACUGAUGUACAGCCUGAAGAUACAGAGAUGAAAUGUGAUAGUGUGAAGCCUGCCCCAGAUUUAGAGGUAGUCACAGGGCUGACUGAAAUCUCUGUAGUGGAAGAAACUGAAAUUUUUCCUCCAAAGAGAAGGUCAAAGAAUCAAACAUCUUCUCCAAACAUUGCGGAUACAGAACCAACACAGAAAAAGGGGGAACCUACCAAUCAAGAGUUUUCAUCUAGUUCAAGAAAGGAAAUAAAAACUGCUGUUGUGGGAGGACUUAAGCUUGCACCAACCUGGAGAAAGCCAAAGAGUCCAGAACUUUCUAGACCCACACAGAUGGCUCAUAUGGAACCCGAACAAGAUAAGAAACAGAUUAAGAGUUCAGAGCUUACCACAGCUUCAGAGACCUUACCUUUUGUGGAAAUGGACUCACAGCAACUACAAGCACCAGAGACCACAAUGCAGAAAAUUGAUAUUGUUGGUGAAAGACAACUUCCAAUCAAGGAUGAUGCUAAAUCAGGUGUCCCUCAACAAAUGAUACCUGCUGAGGAGAGUCAAACCACUGUUAAAGAUGUCAGUCCAGUAUGUGAGAUGUUUACUCCUCAGGUUGGUGUCACCAUUCAGGAGCUCCCAGGAAAGAAAGUUGCUACAGUUAUUCUAGACACAAAAGUGGAUACUUGUACUUCAUCUCAUCAUGCUGUACCUUUGAAGUCUGUCCCCACACCCAGUGAAUUACAGCAGUCUAAAGACAGAUCUAAAGAGGCCCCACAGCAGACCAUUACUCAGUCUACAGAAAGAGACUUAAGCACAGUGCCUAAAACACAGCUGCCUCUCUCCCCUGAGCCUUCUGAUACACCAAGUGUGGCAGACUACAUACACAAGUUAUGGGAAAACACAGAAGAGAAACAGAAGCGAUACCUAGUCCUCGAUCUGCCUGAUACAGGUGUCACACCAACACAUGAAAUAAAGCCAAGUCAGCCGGAGGCAGAGACUGUGGUUGAAAGUGACUCCAUUCAACCCACCUCUGUGGUUUUUGCAGGGCUAUGGCCUUACAAGGGAGAGAAAGACAUUUCAGAAAAAAGCUCUGCUGAGCAAGACAUAAUAAAACCAAGUGAAACUGUGAGUCAGCUGAAAGUCACACAGGAACAACCCAAAGAGUUUAAGGAUUAUGAUAUACAGAAAGAGCAUGUUAAAGUGUUGACAUGUGAUGUGCAUGAUGCACCCAAGAGUCUUGAUGAAAAGUCUGUUAAGAAAAUCCACUUGGAGCCUGAAGUGCGCAUUUUACAACUAGAUAUACAAACCAGUCCAGACAAGGAUGAAAAUGCAUCUGUCACAAAAGCAAUCAGACCAAUUCCAACAAGUAUCCAGAGCGAAACAGUGCCAGACAACAAAGAUAUAACUACUGCUGAUGUUGAGCCAGAGAAGGUUGCAAUUAAGAUGACUACAAUAGAAGUGCGCGAAAGCAGUACUGAACACCAUGAACAGCAUCCGCUAGCAUUGCCCCCAGAUGAGGCAGGGACAGAAUUUGUAGAAAUAAGCAUAUCUGAGCAAGGUAUGGCAAAACCAAGCCAAACUGAAACUCAAAGAAGGCACCUAAAAACCACCAAGGAAAGACCCAAAGUGGUCAAGGAACAUGGUGUCCAAGAACAGCAACCGACACUGUCAACACAAAGCAUUGACAGUGUACCCAAGAGCUUGGAUAAAACAUCUGUUACGAAGGAGAAAAUCCACAUGGUCCCUGAAGUGCGCAUCCCACAACUUGAUAAACCCACCAAUUUAGAGAAGGAUAAAAAAGCAUCUGUCACAGCAGCAGAAGAGCCAAUGAAAGAUACUGCCCAAGCAAGCAUCAAGAGCGAAAGCAUGUCGGAAAUCAAAGGCAUUACCCCUGUUGAUGUAAAGCCAGAGAAAGCUGCAGGUGAAAUGACAAAGACGAAGGUGCAAAAAAGUGGUACUGAAUGUCAAGACAGUGUAGCUCAAAGGGGCUCUGCUCAACCCACCCCUUCUGAUUCUGAAUCAUUGCAACCACACAAAACAGAGACAGAAUUUAUAGAAAUAAGCUUAUAUGAGCAAGACAUAAUAAAACCAGGCGAAACUGAUAUUAAGACAGGACUCUUGAGAACUGCAAAGGAUAGACCUACAGAACUCAAGGAACAUGGGGUCCAGAAAGAGCAUGAUUUAACCAAGAGCCUGGAUGAAAAGACUGUUGGCAAGGAGAAAAUCCACAAAGGGGAAAGAGUGCUCAUUUUACAACCAGGUACACAAGCCACUAUAAAGCAGCCUGAAGUCACAUCUCUUAAGAUAGCAAAGGCAUCAAAGACUGAUACAGAUCAAACAAGUAUCCAGGGCAAAAAAGUGCCAGAAAAGAAAGACAUGACAUCAGCGAAUGUACAGCCAGAAAAGGCUGCAGAUCAGAAGGCCAUGGUGGAAGUGAAGACCAAGGAGAAACCCAAAGAGGUCAAGGAUCGUGAUGUGCAAGAAAUGAAAGCUAAAGUGUUGACAACAGACAUGCGUGAUGCACCUCAGAGCCUGGAUGAAAUAACUAUUGUGGAGGCGAAAAUACCCAAAGGAGCUGAAGUGUGCAUUGUACAACCAGGUACACGAGCAGCUAUAAAGCAGUCUGAACUCACUCCUGUUACGAAAACAAAGACGCCAAAGACUGAUACAGAUCAAACAAGUAUCCAGGGCAAAAAGGUACCAGAAAAGAAAGACCUGACACCAGCUGAUGUUCAGCCUAAGAAGGCUGCAGUUGAGAAGGCCAUGGUGGAAGUGAAGACCAAGGAAAAACCCAAAGAUGUCAAGGAUCAUGACGUACAAGGAGUGCAAGCUAAAGUGUCGACAAAAGAUGUGUGUGAUGUACCCCAGAGCCUGGAUGAAAAGACUCUUAGAAUGGAGAAAAUCCAAAUGGGCCCUGAAGUGCGCACCCUACAAUUAGAUAUGCCGUCCAGUCUAAAGAAGGAUGAAAACGCAACUGUCUCAAGUACAGAGGAGACAAGGAUAGAUAUAGUUCAAACAAGCAUUCGGAGUGAUAGAGCCCCAGAAAACAAAGAUAAAACUACUCCUGCUGUCAAGCUAGAGAAGGCUGCAAUUCAGACAAGAGUAGAAACACAACAAAUUCCCACUGAAAUGCAAGAGAAUGUGAUUCUCAGUGACUCCAAGCAACCCACUUCUGUUGCUUUUACAGCUGUGCAGCCAAGUGAAGAGACAACAUUUGCAAAGGUGUACAAGACUGACAAGAGAUCCCCUGCAUCACUGCAGGCAGUUCAGAAAUCUUCAGCUGACUUUAUCUGGGGUGAGGUAAGCCUGGUGGAGGGAUUGCCCCUUCAGGAAAGCAAAACUCAAGCAGAAGCAGCUUUUAUGAAGACUGAGAAGCUUUCUCUGAGGGAACCAAAAGGAUCCGCCAUGAGGACCAUCUUCACAGAGAUACACCUACUCUCAGGGACAGGACCCACCUGUCAAUUUAUUGAGGGUAAACCAUUGGAGGCUGCUCAAGAGGGUCUGAUUACAUCCACCAGUGAUCUGGACAACCGUCUAAGCAGGCUGGUGUCGAAAGUCUUGAGCUGCAAGAACCAGCCAGCUGAGCUCAACCCAACAGCCAUGGCCAAGCAGCUGGAGGAAGUUCAGGAGUGCAGAGAAACUGCCCAGGCACAGGUGUCAUUGCUUUCUCAGCUGAAAGGAGCUGAUGCUGAGAACAAGGAUGCUUUGGAGCAUGUAACGGACCAGUGGACUGCAGCUGUACAGGAUGCAGCUGCUGUCAUCCAGACUAAAGAGGCCCAACUGCAGCUGGUGACUGAUUACUGCAAACAGACCCAAGAAGCUAAGAACACACUGGAUAGACUGACAACAGAACUGGCUGCUGUCAGAACGCCCCCAGAGGAGAGCAGCUCCAAGGAGGCAGAGCGACUGUGCGCCUUACUGAGAAGUACGGAGGAGAACAGAACAGUACUUGGGGAGCUGCUCGUGACCCAUACCAAGUUAUGCCCCCACCUCAGCUCUUCUGAGCGAGCUACCGCACAGACUGGGCUGAAGAACCUACAAGGGAAGUGGGGCGGCCUAGAAUGGGCUGUGGAGAGGUCAUUGUAUCACACAAAUGUCCAUGCUCAGGAGACCAGCAGCCUUCUGUCGGCGAUAUCAGGUCUUCAGGAACAAUUGGAGACAACUAUCAAAGACCUUGAAGCCAUGUCUCCUUCAGCUACGCAGUGGAAUUGCAAGAAGGCACAGCAGCUGAUGGUGGCAAACGCUGAUGUUAAAGCUGCCCAGCAGAAAUACCUUCAUUUGCAGCAGCUUUCAGAGGCAGUUCUACGCUUGCGAAGGGAGAGGGAUACAACAGAGAUACAGCAGGGGCUUCAGAGGAUCAAAGACCAAGUUUGCCGUACAGAGGAACUGGUGUCCUCACAAACUCAGAACAGCACCAACCCCAUCAUGGAGAAAAUUAUCGUGGUGAUGAGGGAUGGCUUUGCCUGGGCGAAGCAAACAGAGAGUGACAUUGAGGGCAGGAGGAAGAGGGUGGCUCUCCUCCCUGAGGAGGUUCACAGGCAACUCAGAGAUCUGAAGAAGCUGCAGUCUGAGGUCAUGGCCAAACAGGGCCAACUGGAGUCCCUGGUAGAGGAGGUGACGGAGCUUCUUCCACAGCUGGACCAGGCUGAGGAGGUGCCCAUGGUGCGCUCCUCUCUUGAAUCCCUUGAAGAUCUUUCAAAGUUAACCACUGAGAAGCUAGCCAAGGCUGUGAGAGAUAUAGAGUCAGGACUGCAGACCAGAGAGAAACUGUCAGAGCAGAUUGCUGACCUGGACUCCUGGGUUUUGGCUCAUCUGCAUAGAGAUGCCUCCAGGAGUCCAGACAGUGAGCUCAGGAGCCCGACUGAACUUGAUCGUAGAGUACGUCAGAUCCAAGAGACCCUGGCUGAGGCUGAGAAGCAGGCCGCUGUCUGUGAGGCUCUUUUAAUGAAGAGUAAAGACAUUGCCCCUGAACUCAGUAUCACAGAGAACUGCCAGCUUUUUGAUAAGCUUACAGACCUCCAGAGGGACAUCAGAGCCAUCAGUAGCUAUGAGAAGGCCAACAAAAAUGAGCUGGACACACUCACUCAGACUGUAGAUUCGAGCAAGAAAAACUUGAUCAUCAUUGAAACAAGCCUGAGGCAGAUGUUAGUAGAUGUGAAUAGACACAAGUUCCCCAUCACAAGCGAGUCCCUGCAAGCUUUGGAGCCUUUCAAACACAUGAUUUUAGAACACAAGUCCCAGCUUGACCUUCUGCAACCGUGGAUUCCCCAAGAAAAGUCAAGAGAAUUGCACUCAGUCAUUUCUGAACUUCUCAGCAAAAUGGUCACCCUGGAAAUUAAAGCUAGAGGUCACGAGGAGUACCUGAACAAGAGGCAGUGUGUGGAGGACCUCAGGGAGAGUGUUCAGGAGCAGGUCUCUCACACCAAAGAUGACAAAAGGGAGCCUGAGGACAGGUGUAAACUCUGUCAGACCCUCCUUGUCCAGCUUCCUCUUAUAAAGUAUAUGUCUGAGGAAGCUGGCUCCAAGCUCCAGAUGAUCUCUGCUGACCUUUACCCCUCACAGCUGAGCACAGAGCAACAGAGACUGAAACAGAACGAGGAGAGCCUUCAUACCUUGGAAAUGACGCUCUACAACAACCUCAGUAUUAUUGAGUGGAGCCUGCAGAAGGAACUGGACCUUAACUCAGAGAAGGCAUCCACUCAGGCCUUCCUCCUGAACAGCCAGCAGGAACUCCAGACACUCCCCAUGUUGGAACCAAAUGAAACAGUAAUUGACAACGAAUACCAGAGAAUUAUGUCUUUGAAAAAGACGGUCGAGUCAAGGAUAAGAGCACUGGAGGUUCUGGAGCAAAAGAAGGGAAGUAGGAAAGGAAGUGGAUCCAAAGAUCUGAUGGAGUUGAAGAAAUCAGUCCUCAGGGAAUGUGACUCUCAUAUGGAGAACAUCUCCCAGGCCAAGGAGUCUCUGAGAGGCUACACAUGUGCUGUUAGACAAGCAGCACAAUUCCUGCGGGACAUCGAGUUCUCUCUGCUGCCACCGCAGGGCUCUGCUGGACCUUGCUCUGAACGGCUGGAGGAGACCCAGCAGGCUUUGGUCUCGCUGCAGCAGCAGUUCCAGACCCACGUGGAGAAACUCCAGAGUCAGGUUAUCCUGCAUCCUUACCUGUGCCCCCAGAAGUUGGAGCAGUUCCAGGAGAACAUUCUGAGCCAGCUCCUGGUGAGGAUGUCCACUCUCCAGGCAAGGGGACACCUACGACUGGAGCAUCUCAGCAGUUGUGCAGAACAUCACAGAAAAUACACUAAGUACCAAGAUGAAAUUAUCCAGAGUGUGAAGAGUGCAGAGAACAGCCUGUCACAGUUCAUCUGUCAAAAGGUCACUUGUCUCGCCGACUGCACCGACCAGCAAACCAAGCUCGGAGUUCUGUCCGAGGAGGUGGAGUCCCUGCAGAGGCAUCUACAGGAGCUGAAAGAGUGGUGCCCAGAGCAGAGCUGUCGUGGAGGGAGGGAGGCCAUCGUGGCUGCUCUCUGGAAACGUGUAGCAAGGCUACGUCGCUGCACACGAGAGCUGACAACUCGUAAUAAGCAGAGCAUCGCAGAAUGGAGCGAAAUCACCAACAGUGUGGAGAACGCCUCUGCCCUCCUAGAUCAGGUGGAGGCAGAGCUCCCUGAUGGCUCCUGGGUGAAGGCCUCCACUGAGGACCUUCACGAGCUGUUGCAGUCCUGGGAGCAGUACCAGGACAGACUGGACUGUGAACACAGAGCCCUGUCCGCACUGGAACUGCGCACUGCGCGGCUGCAGGGUGUUCCCGCCCACCUGGAACAAGCUCCUCCUACUCCGCUCUGUCAGCGGCUGCAGGCGAUGCAGGGUCGAUACAACAGUGUGAAGCAGAGGAGCAAGGAGGGUCUGAAGGCAGCCAGGAUGGAACUGGAGGACAGAGAAAAGCUCAGAGAGGAGCUGCAGGGCGUUCGAGUCUGGCUGGAGGCCGCAGAUGGUGUUCUGUCAGAGAUGAAGCAGACCAGCAGCACACAGGAGCUUCAGGAGGUUCACAGCCAGCUGUGUAACCAGAAGGCUUUGGUCCAGCGCAUCAUGGAGAGCCUGAAGAUGAAGUACUCAGACAUGUACACUCUGGUCCCGGCUGAGAUCGAAAGCCAACUGCAGGAGGUCAACAAAUCGCUGCAGCAAGUGGAAGUAAAGGUGGCAGAGGCGGUGGAGAAGAGCGGCCCCGUCCACAGACUGGCGGCGAAGCUGUCUGAGAUCCAUGCUGGCCUGACGUCAGUUCAGAAAAGACUUGAACAGAAAAGCCCCAAUGUGACUCAAGCAAAGAUCACUCAGAAGCGUGUGUGGGACGAGCUGGACGUGUGGCACUCGUGUCUGGCGGCGCUUGAGGUGGACAUGCAGGACUUGGAGAAACCAGAGGAGGCGUUUGCUCUCACUGAGAGACUUGUGGAGGUCCAGCAGCUCCACUCCCACCUCGCCAAGCAGGCAGAGCAGAGGACCACCCUCCUCAGCAAGAUCCACACAUGGCUUCAGGAGCAUCAGGAGAUGAUUACCAGCUCUAAAAGCUGGAUGACUGAGGCAAAGUCAUGGCUCGCUACUCCCUGCAUCUACACCACCGCUAAAUGUCUCAGCAGCCACGUUCACACUCUGCAGAUGGUGUUGGAUGACUCGGCACAGAUCCGAACCACUCUGCAGGGAUUCAGCUCAGUCCUGAAGGAAAUGUCACCGGUCUGUGACAUCACAACUCUCCAGGAACAGCUGGUUGAAGUCGAUCAACAAGUGGCCAAUGUUCAGGAAAGCUUCACUGCUCCUCUGUCUCAGCUGGGGCAUGCUGCUGAUGAGGUGGAAGCCAUUGAGAGUGAAGUCAGGCGGAUGGAGACUGAUGUGGCUGAGAUCAAGACCUUCUUAUCAUCUCCAGAGACUUUCCCCAGCCCCAGAGAAGAAAGCCUCAAGGCUGUGGAGCAGAGGAUCCAGUCCAUGAGGAGGACUGUAGCUGAGAUCCAGAAGUGUAAACCCGGCCUGUGUCUUCCAGAGAAGGCUGAAGAGACUCUGACUGUCUUUGGUGUCGUGGACCAGCUGCAGACUCUGCUGCUCGAACUGGAGAAGAAGGUCCCUGCUCUGUUCAUCCAGCAGCCUCCAACUCCGGUCCAAGCCAAAGCUCCGUCAGCUAAACAGACGACCUCUCAGCCUCAGCUCCUAACAUCCGCUUCAGAGGAGGCUGAGAAGGAACAAGGAGAGCAGGGCCAAAUCAGAAUUGCUCAUGUUGGAGAGGAUGUACUGAAGAGAACAGGAGCUUCACUGCAGACUGUGGAGCAGUCCUCACCUGAACAGAGACAGUCCUGGACACCUGAGAGCACUCAGCAGUGGGAGCAUCAAGGCGUGCUCCAGGCUGAAGAAGCCACAGAGAAAACAGAGAGUCAGGAGCAGACAGUGGAAGAAGGUGGAGGAGGUGUUUUAUGGUGGCUCUGGGAUGCUUUCCUGGGCGCUUCGCCAGAGGAAACUCUGGUUGUCCCACAAGAGACUGAAGGUGCCACUGGACUAACCACUGAACAAACUGGAGAAGUUAGACAGGAUGUUGAGAGCCCCACUGACACCACAGAAGCAAGUUCAUCUGAAGCUUUAUCAAAAUCCCCCGGCACAGUCACAGCUCAGUCACUGCCUGAGAGCAUGGUAAACGCCUCCACCGUAAAAGUCUCCAAACCCGACUCUCAGCAGAAAUGUGUAGUCUCCUAGAUCUACAGCUUCUAUCACUAGAACUUUUCACUUCCUCUUGACUCAAGCAUUGAACUUCCAGCUUCUUCUAGAGACAUGUGCAGAGCUAGAGCUAAACCUCAGAGGCAAGCCUAGAUUUUACUGCCUCUUCUCGAAUCAGAGAAGACUUACGAAUUUUCUCUACAGCCAAUUCAAGAACUCCCAACCAUAGGACUCGAAACCUCCUCUAGAACCUUCUCUAGAAUCCCUGUUGUUUUCAGACCUGUCAUUCCUUCUAGAACCAAGCCUAGCACACCAAUGUGUACAACCAAAGAUCUCCCAACCUCUUAUAUGUCCAACCUUUAAAGUCCUCUAGAAUCUAACAGAGCAAACUUGGAAAUUUACAUUUUUCUAGAGAUCUAGGUAUGUAAAACCCAAGUCUCCUAGACACAGAUGUACAUCUCUUCAGUCUAGAGACAGUGCGACCUCUUCUAGAUCCCCCAACCUCUUCUCGGUCCAAUCUUUAAAGUCCUCUAGAAUCAAGCCUAGAUGUCAAAGCUUCCUCUAGAAUUUCAGAGGAAACUUGGAACUUUACGUUUUUCUAGAGCAAAUAAAUGCAGUGUUUUGUUUUUUUUCUAGAGAUCUAGGCAUGUAAAAACCCACUUCUCCUAGACAUGGGUCUACAGCUCUGCAGUCUAGACGGUACAACCAAUUCUAGAUCUCCCAAGGCCUUCUAGAUCUAGCCUUAGAACUCCCAAUGUCUUCUUGAAUCAAGCUUUAGAUUUCAAGAACUCAUCUAGAAUCUUUGAGAACAAGCCCUAGAACUCCUGGGACACUGGGACUCCCAAAUUAUUCUAGAUUAAGGUCUAUAGCCUCGUCUUCUGUACUCAGAUCUAGAGCUCAGUAUGUCUUCUAGAGCUACUUUGAUGUUUUUCUUGAGCCAUAUCUUUCUUCCAGUCCCCAUGUGUUCUGGAACCAAACCUAGAACACCAUUUUUUCUAGACCCUGUUCUAGAUUUCUCAACUUCUUCUAGAUCUAUCAAUAGAACUUGUAGUGCCUUUAUGAAUCCUUGUAGAAAAAAAAACUGGAACUUGACUUUUUCUAGAACCAUUUUCUUUACAACCAAAUUCAGAACGCUUCUAGAACUAAACCUAGAACCUUCAUUUUUCUAGAACCAAGUUUAGAGUGCCUCAAGUAUUCUGGCUCCAAGCCUAGAUCUUCAGGUCCUCCUUGAAAUGUCUCAACCCUCAGUGCAUUUACAUGGCAGAGAAUUCCAGAUAUUGCCGUCAGCAGUUCGAAGCUUUGGACAGUUUGUUUACAUUAGACAUUUGAUGGUUUGUCAGUGUUUCUUACUACAGUAUGAAAAAUAAAAUAGAGUUCAGGACUAAGUACUAAAAUCAAACAUGUGCCAAAGAUGUACUUUCUCCAAAAUGAAUUGUGUGUUUACAUGAAGGACUACUGAGCUUGUCCAUCCUGAUGAAUGAUUCUGCCUACUUGUUGACGAGUGCUCGCCACUGAGACGUGGUUCAAGACGACAACACAGUAUUUUGUGAGACGUGUUUGACGAGGUGACGGUUACUAUUUUACCAAAAACAGAAAGCAGACUUGACAUUUAGCAUGUGGGGUGGAUGGUUUUUGGUCUGUAAUAAGCUUCUGCAUGGACCUUAAGUCUGAUGGGUUAAUAUGUUUUUAUAAAGUGUACUAAUAGACACAUUGUGUGAACCAUGUUUUUAUAAUGUAUCAUAUAGGGAAUGGUGUUUUAAGUUAGUUCAACUUUUCAAUUGUUGACCUUUCAUUUACUGUCUGAGCUCAUUUACCAGCAAAUGCUGAGCGAAUUUGUUAAAAUAAACUUGCUUGCUUACCUGCACCUGCCAUUUGAAUUUCCAUAAGCUGAACAUGAUAAUAAAUUCUUGUUUACAGAGUUGAUCGAUUAACUGAUUGAUUAUUAGGUCAGUAAACUGCUCAGUCACUGCCUGGCAGCAGGAGAGUGUGGAGAAAGAUUCCCGCUUUGUUAUGAAUCAGCAUAUUUACUUUCACUCUCUACAAUGCAGAUUUUAUACUUAAGAAAGUUUUCUAAGAUGACUGUUGGCCAUGAAAAUGCACUGGUGUGACAUGAUUACUGAUUAACACGCUGCUGUUGGCAGGUGAAAACCACGUAACUCCAAAUUUAGUUUAAGUUUCUUAUUACCUAAUGAAAGAGAUCAUACUGAAAUGAUCAAGGCUCAUCCAUAAUUUCAUUCAUAUCAAUUUAACAACAGCAACAACAUCUGAGAAGCCACCAUUUUUGGAGAUACAAGGUUUUCACCUGGAAGCAGUGGUACUGAGAUGUCUUAAGUUACAUGGCAUGUGCUGUACUUGUACUUGUUCCACUUUUGUCUUUCCAUUCUGUCUACAUAUCCAAACAAGAGCACAAAUACAAAUAAACCCACAACAGUGAUCCACUC